AUGGCCACCCACCAGACACAGCAUGAGCUGUACAAGGGAGAUGGCAAAAUGAAAUUCCUCUGGGACUCGGGCAAUGUUGGGCAGAUGUACGCUAUUGUGGAACGACUGACCUUGAAAUUCGCAGAAAGCCUGCUUCGUCAGGCAAAGGUCGUCGAUGACACAUCGGACUCGAAGCUUAUCGUCCUCGACGAGGCCUGCGGUACAGGGGCUGUUUCGGCAAAAUUGCUUGACCUUCUGAGCGACGAUGCCCAGGGUAAGUUGGAUCUCACCAUGAUUGAUGGGUCACCAACAAUGCUCGAUCUCGUCCACAAACGCAUUGAAUCAAACAAUUGGGGAAAGUACAACAUAAAGGUCAUCCAAGUGGACGCAAACGACACCAAACUCCCCAGCGCGCAGUUCACACACGUUUUCCUAAGUUUCGGGCCGAUGAUUUUCCCAGACCCGCAAGUUGGUCUGUUCGAGAUAUAUCGCCUACUCAAGCCCGGCGGAACAGUGGGAUUGUCAAGUCACUCGAAGAUCGGAUGGAUCUCUGAUGUGAUAGCUGCGUGGAAAACGGAUCCUGACCUGCCACCCUUCCCAACGAAUGAGGGUCUCGCGGGCGUUGCAGGCCCACACCUCAAAUGGAACGAGCCCGCAUGGAUCAAGGAGACGUUGGACAAGGUUGGCUUUGUGGAUAUCGAAAUUGUCUCCUGCCCUGUCUAUCACGUCGAGUCCAAUGCCACCGAGACUUUCCAGAUUCUUCUUCCAGGGACUGUGGGGAUGAUCAUCAAUACUAUGUGGACCCAGGAGCAGCGGGAUGAAAUGGGCCAAAAGGCCAAAGAUGUAUCUGUACGGUAUAUACAGGAGAAGUACGGUGAUGGCGACCUGGGUUGGGAUUGGUGUGCGCUUUUGAUCACGGCUCGGAAGCCUGCUCAGUGA